AUGUUUGAAGAAGGAUCUUUUGAGUGGACUAAGGCAGAAAAUGAAGCUUUUAAUUUGAUUAAAGAGUGUUGUGUGAAGCUCCCAUCCUUGCCCUACCCGAUUUCCACCAAUGUUGAAGUAGAAUGCGAUGCAAGCGGUGUUGGCAUUGGGGCAGUUUUGAAUCAAUCCAAGAGGCCAAUAGCAUACUUUAGUGAGAAGCUUAGUGAUUCAAGGAGGAAGUAUAGCACUUAUGAUAAGGAGUUUUAUGCUAUAGUGAAGCACUUGACCAUUGGAGUCAUUACCUUCGGCCGAAACAUUUGUCCUCCAUUCGGACCACCAAGCUUUGAGGUUCAUCAUGGGCAGCGUAAACUCAACACAAGACAUGCUGAAUGGUUGAGUUCAUCCAAUCCUUUUCUUUUGUGCGGAAUUACAAACAAGGAUCACACAAUGUUGUAG